UGGCGAUAUGGUCGUCGAGGGACAAGAUGUUGCCGCUCGCCGAGAUCUACAAGUUCAUCGCUGACCGCUUUCCGUAUUAUAGGAAGGACACGCGACGAUGGCAGAACUCUUUGAGGCACAACUUGUCCUUCAACGAUUGCUUCAUCAAGGUUAGUUCGGGGCCGCGUCCAGAGUCCAUGGUUCUUAUCCUGAACUCUCUUUUAUCGAUAAAGAUGCUGAGACAAUUGCGGAAGGCUUGCGAGUCAUAUUUAGAGGCACUUUUAUCAACAAGAAAGUUUAGGAUGAGAGCUCAUGUCGCCGUGGUUUUUAUUCCGAGUCGUUCUACUUUGUCCUCUCGCAAAGUCUGGUCGUAUUCGCACACAUCAGAUGCGUUAUCAACGCUCAUUUCAUAUUUGCCGCCUUUUAAAUGUACAACAAGGAUAGAAUGAACGUUGAUAGUGUCCUUUCCGAACGUACUCAUAAUGGUCAUGACGCUCAACAACAAAAAUCCCCUCAAAGCGACGUAACCUUCGUUUCCUUUCGGGCUUUGUCCGACGAAUACGACGCGCCUUGUCCACCCAUUUGCGCCAGAACCUCGUGGUUAGCCAGAAGUAUCAUCUCUCUCUCUCUCUCUCUCUCUCUCUCUCGAAGCGCGGUCGUGGAAACGUCGAAUGAAGCGUGACGAGGGGUGGAACGGAUCUUCGUCGUUGAUCGGCGCGACGAUGUGCCUUUUCAACGCGAAUGUCCGAGCUCGCGAAGCGACGGCGACGCAGGGCGCAAGGUGUUUGGUCAUUGUAUUAUCGGGCCAUCUGUUUCGCACCUGCCAACGUGCGCGAUCACCGACAUGGCGCGUACGGUCGCACACGGUUCUACAAAAUUACGAAAGACCCGUCGGCUCGCUCGCUCGCUCGCUCGCUUCUCCUUCUACAUUUCUAAGACUGUUCCCUAAGACUAGAUAUCCCAUAGCUCUGAUCAAGUUGAUCCCAAUCUGGUUUGUACAAGGUGAUGUUAUCGGGUCUUAAUUAUUAAUAAGGUCCUGAUUGCCACGCUACGAUACAUGAUUUAUCAGGACCCGGACACCACCUUGUACCAAACAGCCGAUUGGGAUCGACCUGAUUAGGACUAUAGGAUCAAUUUCUACUCUACGGGUUACUUUGAACUCUCUCUUUUAUCGAUUAAAGGGUCUCUAAGUGCGGGAGUCAAUCAAAAGGCCUAUAAACCGCAUUUAGAGGUACUUUCGUCGGUAAAAGAGUAUUCGGAAUAACGUAUAAUUCUGCACUGAUGCCCGUAUCAGACUAUAGAUUGAGGAUCGGACCAAUCAAAUAAGGCAAAACCAAGAUUUAGAUCACCUGAUUGGUCCGAUCGCAAUCUUCAAUUCAUACAGUGCUCAAUCUGAUAUGGGCAUAAGGGAGAAUUCACAUCUUGACAGAAAAGCAGAAAAGAAUAGAAAAUCAACUGGAACCCGCGUUAGUAGUAAGCAAGAUAUUCUGCAAGAACUGUCAACUACCAGUGCGAGUUUUGGUUGGAGUUUCUGUCUUUCUGCUUUUCUGCUAAGAUGUGAAUUCUCCUUCAGAGUCGUGUCGGUAGGAGCGCUUAGAAAAUUAGAAAAUCUAAGAGAGAAAUAGAAGACAAAGAAACGUUUCGUCCGAUCAGAUACAAACAAUUGUAAUGUUUCUCAUUAUUGUUACACUAGAAUAUAGAAUAUUUCAACGUUACUUGUUUUUUAGUGGAAUUCGUACAACAAGCAAAAUUAAGCAAAAUUCGCAUCGCGUAUGUCUUUGCUCGCUAGGAGUAAUAAUUAUCGUCGUUAGAAAGCGUGAAGCCAUAAACGGCAACGGUGGAAAGUAAUAAUGUCUCUGCGAGAAAUUUCAUCUUCCGGAAGAGCCGAUCGCGAAUCAAACAGAGCCGAGAUUGUCGCGUCCGAAAGCAUGUACGAAAGAACAGGCAGACACCGAUUUCCCUUAUUCUCCCGAUCAAUCGAUCAGUUUCGAGUCAGUUUCCUGAGAAAUGUCGCGUCUCGAACAGUUUUCGAGUCACACACAAUUAGGAGUUACAUUUGGAGAAACCUUUUCGAGUUACAAAUUUUCUCUCGUGCUAAUUUCGGAUUUGUUUUACGCGAGCAGAAUUUGUUGGCAUAGAAUGCACACCUCGACCGAGAAAGGUAGAAGCCAAUCAGAUCGCGCUAGUCGGAAAUUGUCGACUACCAGUUGAUCACCAGCAGUGACGAGUGACUUCUGCUGCCUUUCCGCCAAACGCGGAAAAUUCUGCAAUGUGCGACGUGCGUUCGUUAAAGCGUUACCUCCUCCGCCGCGAACACGACUCCGCGAGUUGGUCCCGUAACACAAGCGCGAGAGACGGUCGCCAAAGAGGCGAGAGCGCAGCUUGAGAGCUGAUCACCACGUCUCUCUACCUCCUCUUCGAGGCGUGGUACAAUGUAAUAAUAGCAGCCGCGAUAUAUUUCCUUCCCUCCGCGAGAUCUGUCCGGCAGCAGGUUGCCUUUCCGAUCGAAUUAACUCGCCCGAUCGGCAGAUAAUCGUUUCGCGUUAUUAAAUGUAAAACCUGUUCGUUCCUGGCAAGUAAUGAACCGCGGGCUCUCUACAGCUCAUCAAUCGCCGCUGUGAGAGACCGAGCGCGUUAUAUCGCGGCCAUCGUCGAGAGCAUCGAGGUGCUGUGGACGACUGAGGCAUCUUUCCGCGCGAUAUCGAGAGAGGAAAAACACGAGUCCUCCCCCCACCUGUGAUUGUGUGUAAUACGAGCGGCCGUGCUUUACGAGAAGCGUACGUAAUUGCCUCGGACGUUGCGCUUCUAGCGCGUUUUACGCGACGACCAACCGGCAUCUUCCGUCUCGAUCGCGCAUCGAGAUAUCAAUUAAGGCUCACGGCAGAGAGCGCCCCGGUAUAUUCGUCGCUCAUGGAGCGUGGACUCGGACAAGUAGCGCGAGUCUAGUUUCGAGUCGGUUUCGAGUUUCCCGAUCAACGACAACGUCACCGUUUCCGCUCUCUAUCGUCGUCGCGGACGUCGAGCGCAACCAAUCAUUCCACGUAUUCGAGGAAUCUCGUUGAGAGCCGCCUAUGGUGCCGCGUGGUCCGCAUCGGCCGGGAAAGGGAGCCUACUGGGCGUUGCACCCUGCCGCGUUGUCCAUGUUCGAGAACGGCUCGCUCCUACGCCGACGGAAACGCUUCAAGCUGCACAAGCCGGACAAGGAGCUGCUCAAGUCCGAGUUGCAGGCGCUCGCCUCGGCGAUGCCGCCGCCUUUGCCGCCGCCACCGCCACCGCCGCCACCGCCGCCGCCGCCGCCGCCGCCGCCGCCGCCGCCGGCACCACAUCCGCAAUCGCAGCCGCACGCGGAAACCACGGUCAUCGUGGACGCGAGCGCGACGUGUUCCGCCAACGGUCUCAGCCUGGCGAACCUCCAUCGCUUGCGAGACGACCUUCUCCGAUGGGAGAUACAGGAGAGACGGAUGAUGGUCGCCACCGCCGCCGCCGCCUCUGGUCCCGGCGAAUUCGCCGCUCGCGGCUUCGGUAGGUUCGACGGCACGACCGCCGCUGCUGCUGGUCUACCGGCCGUGCCUGCCGCGCCUGAAGCAGUCGCCGGUUACUACCUGCUGUCACCGGAGGUCAGGCAGAGACUGACCGCCGACGGCGGCAACGAGAUCCUGAGGACGUACGAGGCGGCGGCGCUCUUGCACUCCGCCUCGUGGAACUUUCCCGGCUUCCCGGUCUCGCCGUCGUCGUACGCGGCCGUGUCGCAGCUACCGUACCUCCAGCAGCAGGCUGCCGCCAGACAACAGAGCGUCCCACCACCGCGGGAGAUACGGGACGAGCGACGACGUCUGUCGUCGUCCGGUGAUCAUCGCGGUGCGCUGGACAGCAGGGAAGGCGAGACGGCUGUUUUCGGAGGUGAGACUUAUGAGGUUGCGGCGGCCUACCGCGACAAACUCGCCGACGCGGACGAGCCACUCUCGUCGUCCUCGUCGUCGUCCACCUCAUCGUCCAGGAUGAAUCUGUACCGUGGCGCUGUGACUACCGGCGGUGGCGGCGGUGUCUCGCCGCCGAUCUCGCCGACUUCACCGAAUUCGCCCGCGUCCAAGUCCUAUCGUCACCUCUCGCCGAUCUCGAGUUUGGUGAUGGAGGUAGAACGAACGUUGCCCAGCCGCGAGGACCCGACGGCCGCCGCCGCUGCGCUCGUUCUCACCGCGACGAAUACGGCGUUACCGGGCACCGAGAAGCGGGUGAAGAAGCCGUUUACCAUCGAGAACAUCAUCGCGCCCGACGACAACCUGCACGAGAGUAGCGGUGGCGGCGAGAACUGCGCCGGCAGUGGCGGUGGUAGUGUUGGUGCCGGUGACGAGACGGCGGCGACUGCGAGGCUGUCCGACGAAUCUCACGCGAAAAAGUCCUCGCUUCUCGCGCCCAGACCGCUUUACGCCGGCUACUCCGUCGCGACCGCGGGCGUUCCGAGGCCAUCCUACGGCACCGCCACUUGAACUCCGCUCCGCGUCCCGGUCGAAAACAGCCGAACGGCUCCUACGUGGGAUGCCACCAAGACUUGGGACGUCUUCUCGACGCCUUUAAUCGCGUUCCUCGGACGCGCUCCUUCUGCGCGCUGUCCGCUCAUAAACUCCACUUUCGCUCGUCCGGCACAUCUCUGGGAUACCGAGACGACGACGACGACGACGACGACGACGACGACGACGACGGGACACCCUCGCUGUUUCGACGACACACGGAGAGACGACGUGCGCUCCUCCAGCGUGCGUAGAUACGACGCGGAAGGUCUCUACCGUCCUGGAACAUUCGCGAAGGAGUCCGAUUUCGUCGGAUGAGCGAAGGAACAAAUGUACGUACUACUUACGUCGGGAUACGUCGAAAAGCUUCCGUGCGCGGAUGUCCUCCUCUUGGCCGCGUUGAUCAUCUUACAGAUGAUCUCUCGUGCUCUCUAAAGUACAAUCAGUACAUAUACGGAGAAAACAUUUUAUAUAGUUUGCUUCUUCGUACGAAUUCUUUUCAAUUUCAUUAUAUUUCCAGUAGAAUAAACUGUCGGUAACUGUCCAUCUUAUCAAGGAACAUGAUCAAUUUCGCUAGAGACAUGUUUUUGGCAUGGCAUGUUUUUUAAUAACGCACAGAAAAUACAAUACGGUUGAUCCACUCAUAAGUCUCUGGUUUGUACCAAUCAGAUUUACGUACGGAUCAAUUAUACUGUUUCCUUCGUGUACAUAUGAAGCGAAAGGACAGUCGAUCCAUUGCAAAAUUCUACGAUAAUUUUCAAUAUGAAGUUCUCUCCGUGCGUGCUCUCUCUUCGCUAAACUGCUGCUUCACUUAUAAUCGAUAGUUUAGUUAUAUCACUCUGCAAUCGGUAAAAUCUUGGAUCACUUGACAAUAAUUACUGUUCCCAUUACUGAUGAACUUUGCGAACAGAGACAGUGUCAUCGCACGCAAAGCGCAUGAGCAAAGCAAAGCCGUUAAUUACAUCGCCGCAGACGGAUUUGUGUAAGGUAAAAGUAUCAAUGCUAGACACGUACAUAACGCAGCCAACCUAACGUAUCCUGAAUAUUCUUAUUGCUUUGGCCUUUAAGUAUCUUUCAACAUCGAAAAAAUAUAUGUAUAUAUAUACUCCAUGUUGAAAGUUUAAAUGUUUAAAGACCGAAACAAUAAGAAUGCCCAGGUACGUUGUCCAGACAUUCGUACUUUCACCUUGCUGCAGAUUUUGCAAUGAAAUUUCAGCGAAUACUCACCUGAUCAUCGCCGUGAAGUUCGCCGAUUCAGAAACACUUUUACUGAUUCUUACUUUAAGAGAGCGCGAUCUGGUGCUACUUUGUAGAGCGAACGCGACGAUUCGGACGGGACGUUCGCGCGGGGAUGCUUUUCGGCACAGUCGCGCUUGACUCGAAGACGAUCAUAUGUGUCGCGGAUCGACGAAACAGGCGUAGAAGGAAGACCUCGUAGAUAACUCGUUAGUUCCUCGUUUCGUAAAUACCGUCUUCUUAUCGGGAGGUUGUCUUCGCUUGAUAUUGGUUUUCGUCGCGAGCUUGGCCCCCGAGGACUUGCGAACGCUGUCCGAUAAUUGACUUUACAGUUAUUCACAUUUCCACACGGCGAUCUUGCGUACGCGCCAAAAAAAUGACGGCCGUCGUCGUCGUCAUCGUCGUCGUCGUCGAUCGCGAAAGCUCGGCAGCAGCGCCGCACGUCCUCGUGCAUGAAGAUAACGAUUAUCGCUCAAGCAUCCGCCGAAGUCGUGUCGCGGCUUCUGUCUACGUAAUUCAAUAAUUAGACGAUCUCUAGAUGAGUAGGAGAGCAGGUGCGAGCGCAAGCACCGACGUUGUUGGAUCUAAAGGCUCGUCUACAGUGUCGCCGCAAUGUCGAUCGCACUGCCUUCUGCGGAAGAGUCUCUAAAAUUUUGCAGAGUCUUUUUAUGCGAUAAUUUUCAGAUCCGCCAUUUUCGAUGAAACAAAAACCAAUUCCGGCAAGAAGUUCCGGAAGUGUUCUCGGCAGAGCCCUAUUCUGUAAUUUCCUAACGAUAAUGUCAUUAGCAUGGCGUAUCUCGUUGCGCAGCUUUUCUACCAUGUAUUAUAUCUGCGCAACGAUAACGCAACGAUACACGAUCGUCAAAAGUUACAGAAUAGCCCUGCGGACCACGCAAUGGAAUUUAUCGAAAUGGAUCCCGAUCGGAAUUAUCCUGCUAUUCUCCAGAUUUCUUUUCUCAUGGAAAACGAAAUUACUCCAAUCGGUUCGCAACAGAACCCAACAGAUUUUCAAGCCUAUAUUCUAAACUCUCUUUUAUCUAAAAGCGACUCACUUUCUUAAAGUGAAUCAGUGAAUAGUCACUGAUAUAUCAGUUACAAGUAUAGCACUGAGCACUGUGAAAGUGCAACACUUAUAACUGCAAAUCAGAGUGAUGUUUCAUUGAUUCAUUUUAAGAAAGCAUUAAGAAGGUUUAUAGGGCCAAUUCUAGAGGCGCUGUUAGCGAUAAAAAAAAGCUCAGAAUACGCGUUUUACUCGAGGGACUCCAGAGAUCACACUCAGUCGCAACGCGCGUCACAAGCGCGACUGUCGCAAUGCUCAUGGCGGGAACUUGUCUGCCAUAACCAAUCGGAAGCGUCAGUGUUAUAAAGCUGUACCACUGAUUGGCUAGUGUAGCUACAGACAAGUCACGUCACGAGUUUGCGGUCAUUGUCGUAAGGAGCGUCACAAUCGACAUUGCGACCGUUGUAGAAGAGCUUUAAAGUCGAUUAUGUUACUCCGAGCGCGCCAGGCCUGUGCAACUUGGCGAUUUCAUUCGCGACGGACAUGCCGUGUCCGUCGGAUCAAAUUCAGAACGGAAUUAGUUUUGUGCUCUUUCCACUUGGAAAUCUUUUAAUUCCAAAACUUUCCGGUCUCUUUCCUAGACGAGUCGAUUGUUUCAGCGGAAAAAGCAUAGCGUUCAACGGGAUAAUGACAGAGCUUUUUACACCAACCUGAUAAUUAUUUGCGUCCGAAUCAAGCGAGUUUCGUGCGACACGCGCCAUAGAUUGAAAUGCUUUACAGAGGUAAAAGGAAGAAAGCGCCAGAUUUCACUAUUGCGAGUUGAGGAUAUUUACAGAAUUGUUAUGUCUUGAAAAUAUUUAUAUGGAGGAAUAAACGGAGAGUUGUAUGUGCAUUUACUCGCGCUUCUCUUUUUAGAAAAGUGUAUAUAUAUAUAUGUGUAUGUAUGUAUUUAUAGAUUAAUAUAAUUAACUUAUUAAAAAUUACAUCUUUAAGCCGAACUCAGAGUUAUUUGAUUCGAGAAGUAGGAGUUAAGAGAGAUCAAUAGUUAUUGUAUUGUAAAUUAUUUUGACGACAAAUACACACACGCACAAACACACACACACACACACACACACACACACACCAUCGCAUUUCUUUUUCUCAAAAGAAAAUUGUCAAAAGUCUAUUUUGAAAAGAGACGCAAGCGGCGCUUGUUUCCUUUUACACGAAAAGAAAAACAAAUGCCCGAAUCUCCUUAGAUUACCUUCCUAGAUUGUAGCGCUCAUACGAAGAAGACGUGCCGAAAUUUUCGGAAAAUGUACGAUUCUCUCUGUGAAUCGCCGGUUGAGCCAAUUAUUCCAAGCGAAGCCACGCGCGCUUACGAUAAAAGUGAGGUGUGUUUAAGCAUUAUCAGCGAGGCUAAAUUAAAAUGGACACGUAAAACAUAAAACUGCCUAGUUACAUGUUGCGCAGGCCUGAUGCGAAGCACAGCUCCGGCGCGCUCCGGUGUGAAAUUUGCCCGUUCUCGCGAAGGCCAAAAUAUUUUGCCGAGCUGCACGCGACCGCAGACGUUUAACAUCCGUAUUCUCGAGGGCAUUCGAGUUCUGUAUUUUAGACCGAACGUCUAUUUAACGAACGGGAUAAUCUCGCAUCAUGAGGGAAGAUCGCGCGGAAUAUCUCUGUACGAGUCGAGAAUGGAGAAUAUAGUUCCGUCCUCCUCUCUGUACUCGUCGUCGCCGUCUGUCUAGCGAGUUUCACACCGCGUGUGUCGCGUCUCGCGUUGUUUCUUCUCGCUGGAGAUGCGCAUGUGCGCGAGUGUGCGUGCGAAAGAGAGGCUGCUCGUUACACGUUGUGCGUUAGCGCAUCGAUCUAUACUCUGUACUCGUACUCGCUCGAGCAAAAAACGAUUUGUAAAUGUAGAAAACGAUUACGUAGCGAAAUAAAUUAUUGUAUAUAUACAUAGAA